CACCGCACUCCAGCCUGGGUGACAGAGUGAGACCCUGUCUCAAAUAAUAAUGUGAUGCCGAUGCCAGGCACGUGGUCAGGGCUGCCUGUAUGCAUGGCAGCUGUUGUUAUUCUUAUUAAUGGGUGUCUUUGUGGUUGUUUCUGGCCUCCUUUGUGAGGCUGUGCAGGCACAGUAUGUGAAUUUGGAUCUGACUCCAGCUAAACAUUCUUGCCCUCCCCCUAGUUCUGUGAGUCUGUAACUAUUUGUAGCUGUUGGCCCUUGUAUGGCUGGGAGACUGUGUGCGUGUGUCUGUGUGCGUGUGUGUGUGUGUUGGGGGGCGGGGGCUGCUUCUGAAACGCACAGGAGCGCCCUCCGCUGCUGUCCCCUGCCUCUGGUGCUGAACCCGGAGCCUGGGGAGGAGGCUCGGGCUCCCUGCUCCUCCCGCCCUGUUCCCCCAGGCCCCUCCCCGGGCCUCCCCCGCCUCCCGCACCGCCUCCCCUCUGCCCGCCUCCGCCUCCUCCCCCUCUCUCCGGCUCCUCCCCCUCUCUCGCUCCCUCGCCGACUCCCCCUCCCCCGUGUCCCUCCCCUCUCCUCCUCUCCUCCCUCUAUCCCCUCUCCCUCCCCUCCUCCCCGGCUCUCCCUCUCAGUCUCCAGCUUUUCUCUCUCUCAAUCUCUCUCUCUCUUUCGGGCGGAGUCGCCCACCACUGCCAGCCCAGCGCUGGGGGGACCUGCUGCAGGCUGUAGCCGCAGGACCCCACCACCCCCCAUGGCUCCCCUGGCCUUGGUGGGGGUCGCACUCCUCCUGGCGGCUCCCCCAUGCUCCGGGGCAGCCACCCCAACCCCCUCCCUGCCGCCUCCCCCGGCCAAUGACAGCGACACCAGCACAGGGGGCUGCCAGGGGUCCUACCGCUGCCAGCCGGGGGUGCUGCUGCCCGUGUGGGAGCCCGACGACCCAUCGCUGGGUGACAAGGCGGCACGGGCAGUGGUCUACUUUGUGGCCAUGGUCUACAUGUUUCUGGGAGUGUCCAUCAUCGCCGACCGCUUCAUGGCGGCCAUCGAGGUCAUCACAUCAAAAGAAAAGGAGAUCACCAUCACCAAGGCCAACGGCGAGACCAGCGUGGGCACCGUUCGCAUUUGGAAUGAGACAGUGUCCAACCUCACGCUCAUGGCCCUGGGCUCCUCUGCCCCCGAGAUCCUGCUGUCAGUCAUCGAGGUCUGCGGUCACAACUUCCAGGCGGGUGAGCUGGGCCCAGGCACCAUCGUGGGCAGCGCUGCCUUCAACAUGUUUGUGGUCAUCGCCGUGUGCAUCUAUGUCAUCCCAGCCGGCGAGAGCCGCAAGAUCAAGCACCUGAGAGUCUUCUUCGUCACUGCCUCUUGGAGCAUCUUCGCCUAUGUUUGGCUUUAUCUCAUCCUUGCCGUUUUUUCCCCGGGUGUGGUCCAGGUGUGGGAGGCGCUGCUGACCCUGGUCUUCUUCCCGGUGUGCGUGGUAUUCGCCUGGAUGGCCGACAAGCGGCUCCUCUUCUACAAGUAUGUGUACAAGCGCUACCGCACCGACCCGCGCAGCGGCAUCAUCAUAGGCGCAGAGGGCGACCCCCCGAAGAGCAUCGAGCUGGACGGCACGUUCGUGGGCGCCGAGGCCCCAGGCGAGCUGGGCGGCCUGGGCCCGGGCCCCGCCGAGGCGCGCGAGCUGGACGCCAGCCGCCGCGAGGUCAUCCAGAUCCUCAAGGACCUCAAGCAGAAGCACCCGGACAAGGACCUGGAGCAACUGGUGGGCAUCGCCAACUACUACGCGCUGCUGCACCAGCAGAAGAGCCGCGCCUUCUACCGCAUCCAGGCCACUCGGCUCAUGACCGGCGCUGGGAACGUGCUGCGCAGACACGCGGCGGACGCCUCACGCAGGGCGUCGCCAGCCGAGGGCGCGGGCGAGGACGAGGACGACGGCGCCAGCCGCAUCUUCUUCGAGCCCAGCCUCUACCACUGCCUGGAGAACUGCGGCUCCGUGCUGCUGUCCGUCACGUGCCAGGGCGGCGAGGGCAACAGCACCUUCUACGUGGACUACCGCACUGAGGACGGCUCGGCCAAGGCGGGCUCCGACUACGAGUACAGCGAGGGCACGCUGGUGUUCAAACCAGGCGAGACGCAGAAGGAGCUGCGCAUCGGCAUCAUCGACGACGACAUCUUCGAGGAGGACGAGCAUUUCUUCGUGCGGCUGCUGAACCUGCGCGUGGGCGAUGCGCAGGGCAUGUUCGAGCCGGACGGCGGCGGGCGGCCCAAGGGGCGGCUGGUGGCGCCGCUGCUGGCCACCGUCACCAUCCUGGACGACGACCACGCAGGCAUCUUCUCCUUCCAGGACCGCCUGCUGCACGUGAGCGAGUGCAUGGGCACCGUGGACGUGCGCGUCGUGCGCAGCUCGGGCGCGCGCGGCACCGUGCGCCUACCCUACCGCACGGUGGACGGCACGGCGCGCGGCGGCGGCGUGCACUAUGAGGACGCGUGCGGAGAGCUGGAGUUUGGCGACGACGAAACCAUGAAGACUCUUCAGGUGAAGAUAGUUGAUGACGAGGAAUAUGAGAAAAAGGAUAAUUUCUUCAUUGAGCUGGGCCAGCCCCAGUGGCUUAAACGAGGGAUUUCAGCUCUGCUACUCAAUCAAGGGGAUGGGGACAGGAAGCUAACAGCCGAGGAGGAGGAGGCUCGGAGGAUAGCGGAAAUGGGCAAGCCAGUUCUUGGGGAAAACUGCCGGCUGGAGGUCAUCAUCGAGGAGUCGUAUGAUUUUAAGAACACCGUGGAUAAACUCAUCAAGAAAACAAACUUGGCCUUGGUAAUCGGGACCCAUUCAUGGAGGGAGCAGUUUUUAGAAGCAAUUACGGUGAGCGCAGGGGACGAGGAGGAGGAGGAGGACGGGUCCCGGGAGGAGCGGCUGCCGUCGUGCUUUGACUACGUGAUGCACUUCCUGACGGUGUUCUGGAAGGUGCUUUUUGCCUGCGUGCCCCCCACCGAGUACUGCCACGGCUGGGCCUGCUUUGGCGUCUCCAUCCUGGUCAUCGGCCUGCUCACCGCCCUCAUUGGGGAUCUCGCCUCCCACUUCGGCUGCACUGUUGGCCUCAAGGACUCUGUCAAUGCUGUUGUCUUCGUGGCCCUGGGCACCUCCAUCCCUGACACGUUCGCCAGCAAGGUGGCGGCGCUGCAGGACCAGUGCGCCGACGCGUCCAUCGGCAACGUGACCGGCUCCAACGCGGUGAACGUGUUCCUGGGCCUGGGUGUCGCCUGGUCGGUGGCCGCCGUGUACUGGGCCGUGCAGGGCCGCCCCUUCGAGGUGCGCACUGGCACGCUGGCCUUCUCCGUCACGCUCUUCACCGUCUUCGCCUUCGUGGGCAUUGCCGUGCUGCUGUACCGGCGCCGGCCGCACAUCGGCGGCGAGCUGGGCGGCCCGCGCGGACCCAAGCUUGCCACCACCGCGCUCUUCCUGGGCCUCUGGCUCCUGUACAUCCUCUUCGCCAGCCUGGAGGCGUACUGCCACAUCCGGGGCUUCUAGGGCCUUGCGCAGAGACUCGUCCCCACCGCCCGCCCGGGGCUAGGGACUCAGUUGCACCUGCUCUUGGACCCUGGUCUCCUUUUCCCUCCAGACUCGGCCUCCUCUCCUGGGACUCGGCCUCCCUUCUCCGCCCCCACCCCGGGCUUUGAUUGCCCCUGUCCUCUGUCCCCAGUAGAUCAGCCUUCCCUCUCCCUCUCGGGAGCCUCCCCAGUUCCUCCCCUGCGGUGACCCCAACUCCAGCCCAUCCUGUUGGUGACCGUCCAUACCCCUGGGGAAAUUUCCACCCCAGUCCCCUCCCAAGGGAACCACCCCCAGUAACCAUCCUGGGGAUUUUAAGGUCUCUCUUCCAGGUCACCCAGCCUGGCUCUUCCCCCAAAGUCUCACUUCCCCUAGUGACCCCCCCACCCCAUUUCACCCCAUGCCUCAGAGCCUCAGAACCUACCCUCCCUGGGGGACCCUCGAAGGAGGCUGUCAGAGGCCGUCUCAGAUCCCAGCCCUUCCCCCCAGCCCUCAGGGAGCUCCGCUCAGCCCCGGCGGGGAGGAGCGGGUGGGUGUGCGCGAGGAGGCCGCACACCUUUCCAAUCCCUCCACUCGGGGUCUUGGGAGGACACUCAUUCUCCAGGCUCGGAGACGGGAGGGGAGAAGUUUGGGGUUUCAGUCCCAGGGCUUAGCUGGAGAAGGCACAUUUUGAACCUGCAACUUCAGACAUUCCAGCGCCCCCACUCGCCCUCCACUACCUCUGAGAGCCUAGCCACGCCUUGGAGGGAGGGGCCUGUGUGUGUAUAUAGUGUGUUUGGGGGAGGGGGGACACGGGAGGGUGCAUGUCUUGGGAAAAGGGGGUGACAGACUUAACUUUUGAGAGGGCAGCAGACUCCCUCAGCCAUGAGAACCAGCUUUGGGGAGGAGGUCGGGAAUCAAUGCGAGUCCAGCUGAUCUCCCCUGACAAUCUGGAAGGUUCAUUUUGCCCUCAGUGCCAGCUAAUCCGGGCAGGACCCUCGAAGAGGAGACCGAGGGUCCCAGAGGACCAAUGCUACAAGCCAGCAAAUGCUGCCACAUCUCUGCCUGAUGGGGGGUGGGGGUGGGUGGGGGGAUGGGACUGGGCCAAGGGAUCUGGGUGGGCAUUUUUAACUUUGGAGGCCAUCCAUCUGUUGGUAGGCCAUCUGCAUUUUCUUACUGUUGAUGUUUCCUGCCCAAAGGACACAUUUGGGCAGUGCCACCCACUCCUUGGACCCCUAGGAUGACCCAGCUACCCCCAUAACUUUCUGCUUCCCACAGGUUUUCAGCAUUCUAUCGUCCUGUUGUGCUCAGCCCCAACAUCCCAGACCCGUUACCCGCUACCCUUCUUUCCCCCGGCUCAUCAUCAGUCGCUGUCUCUUUUCUGUGAUUUCUGUAAAAGUUGCCAUAAAACUUUGAAAUUCUGCCUGAAAAACAGUCCCGUGGGAAGCUGGGAUUCAGGAGGAGGGGGCUAAUAACGUCUCUGACUGAGAUUUGGGCAACUGCUAAACCAGGUAAUCUGGGUUUUUGCGGCCCGCGGUCGUCUGCGGGACACACCCACAUACAGCCGCAGCGCCUGGGUCCAGCCGCCAAGCUCUUCCACUAACCACGCCUCCAUCAUUAGCCUCGCUCCUCCACUAGCCACACCCCCAUCCAUCAGUCACGGGCUUCCACUAGCCACGCCCCUCCAGUAUCCACGCCCCAAUUCGUCAGUGUUGGGUUUCCCCUAGCCACGUCCCCAUUAGUCAGCCAAGCUCUUCCACUUGCUACGCCCUCAUCCGUCAAUUACGGGUUUCCACUAGCCACGCCCCCAUCCAUCAGCCUAGCUCUUCCACAAGUCACACCCCCACUCAUCAGUCGUGCUUCAGCCACGCCUUCCUGCUUCAAUCAGGGGUUUCCACUAGCCAGCCACGCCCCCAUGCAUGAGUAACAAACUGUUCCUCUUUUCGGGCAUCCUGGUAACACAGAGAGACGUUCAUUUGCCUGAGCCAAAGAGCUGGGGUUAAUGGGGUUUCCUAAAUAAAGUAAGUAAUUUUCUCAGAUCCUA